UGCGCAGUGGCGAGUCGGGCGCGUGCGCAGCGCCGGCUCCUUCCCCGUGGAGCUUCUGCCGCUCACGCUCCUCCUCCCGCUCCCCACCCCCCAGCCCGCCGCGGCCCGGUACCAGCGUGGGUCCCGCCAAGGGAGCCGUGCGUCCCUCGUGCUCCUGGGACGGCUGUGGUGGGCGCUUGCGGCACAAGUCACUAGCCAUGGCGAUGGAUCAAGUGAACGCGCUGUGCGAGCAGCUCGUGAAAGCGGUGACGGUCAUGAUGGACCCCAGCUCCACCCAGCGCUACCGGCUGGAAGCCCUCAAGUUUUGUGAGGAGUUUAAAGAAAAGUGCCCUAUCUGUGUCCCCUGUGGCUUGAGGUUGGCUGAGAAAACACAAAUUGCCAUCGUCAGACAUUUUGGCCUUCAGAUCCUGGAACAUGUUGUCAAGUUUCGGUGGAACAGCAUGUCUCGGUUGGAGAAGGUCUAUCUGAAGAAUAGUGUCAUGGAGCUGAUUGCAAAUGGAACACUGAAUAUUUUGGAAGAGGAGAACCAUAUUAAAGACGUCCUGUCUCGAAUUGUAGUAGAAAUGAUCAAGCGGGAGUGGCCACAGCACUGGCCUGACAUGCUAAUAGAAUUGGACACUCUCUCCAAACAAGGGGAAACACAGACAGAAUUAGUCAUGUUCAUUCUUUUGCGACUGGCAGAGGACGUAGUGACCUUUCAGACACUACCCCCUCAAAGAAGAAGGGAUAUCCAGCAAACAUUAACCCAGAACAUGGAAAGGAUCUUCAGUUUUCUACUUAACACACUUCAAGAAAAUGUAAACAAGUACCGGCAAGUGAAGACAGAUAAUUCUCAGGAGUUAAAGGCCCAAGCACACUGUCGAGUAGGAGUGGCAGCACUGAAUACUCUAGCAGGCUACAUUGACUGGGUGUCCAUGAGUCAUAUUACUGCUGAAAACUGUAAACUGCUAGAGAUGCUGUGCCUGCUUCUGAACGAGCAGGAACUUCAGUUGGGAGCAGCUGAGUGUCUUCUCAUUGCAGUCAGCAGAAAAGGCAAGUUGGAAGACCGGAAGCCCUUGAUGGUCUUAUUUGGAGAUGUUGCCAUGCAUUAUAUACUCUCUGCUGCACAGACUGCUGACGGAGGAGGCUUGGUAGAAAAACACUAUGUCUUCCUAAAGAGACUCUGUCAGGUCUUGUGUGCUCUGGGCAAUCAGCUGUGUGCAUUGCUGGGCGUGGAUUCUGAUGUAGAAACACCAGCAAACUUUGGAAAAUACCUGGAAUCCUUUCUUGCUUUCACAACCCAUCCAAGUCAGUUUCUACGCUCUUCAACUCAAAUGACUUGGGGAGCCCUCUUCCGGCAUGAGAUCCUAUCCCGUGACCCUUUGCUAUUAGCAAUAAUACCAAAAUAUCUUCGUGCUUCUAUGACUAACUUGGUCAAGAUGGGCUUUCCUUCUAAAACAGACAGCCCUAGCUGUGAAUACUCUCGAUUUGAUUUUGAUAGUGAUGAGGACUUCAACGCUUUCUUCAACUCCUCCCGGGCCCAGCAAGGAGAAGUAAUGAGGUUAGCAUGUCGUUUGGAUCCCAAGACUAGCUUCCAGAUGUCUGGAGAGUGGCUAAAGUAUCAGCUCUCAACUUCUGUGGAUACUGGCUCCAUUAACUCUGGAACUGGAGAAGGCACCCUCUGCUCCAUCUUCUCACCUUCAUUCGUGCAGUGGGAAGCCAUGACUUUUUUUUUGGAGAGUGUAAUCAACCAGAUGUUUCGAACACUAGAUAAAGAAGAAAUUCCUGUUAAUGAUGGAAUAGAGCUAUUGCAAAUGGUCCUGAACUUUGACACCAAGGAUCCCCUUAUCCUGUCCUGUGUCCUCACUAAUGUCUCAGCACUCUUUCCAUUUGUCACCUACAGACCAGAGUUCCUGCCCCAGGUCUUCUCCAAGCUGUUUUCAUCUGUCACUUUUGAAACAGUUGAAGAAAGUAAGGCCCCCAGAACCCGGGCAGUGAGGAAUGUGAGGAGACAUGCCUGUUCCUCCAUCAUCAAGAUGUGUCGUGACUACCCCCAGCUCGUGCUGCCCAAUUUCGACAUGCUUUAUAACCAUGUGAAGCAACUCCUCUCCAAUGAGCUACUCCUGACACAGAUGGAGAAGUGUGCCCUCAUGGAAGCCCUGGUUCUCAUUAGCAACCAGUUCAAGAACUACGAGCGUCAGAAGGUGUUCCUAGAGGAGCUAAUGGCACCAGUGGCCAGCCUCUGGCUGUCUGAAGACAUGCACAGAGUGCUGUCAGAUGUUGAUGCUUUUAUUGCCUAUGUGGGUGCAGAUCAGAAGAGCUGUGACCCGGGCCUGGAGGAUCCCUGUGGCUUAAACCGUGCACGAAUGAGCUUUUGUGUGUACAGCAUCCUGGGUGUUGUGAAACGAACUUGCUGGCCCACCGACCUAGAAGAGGCCAAAGCUGGAGGAUUCGUGGUGGGUUAUAUGCCCACUGGAAAUCCAGUCUUCCGUAACCCCUGCACAGAACAGAUUCUGAAACUUCUUGACAAUUUGCUUGCCCUUAUAAGAACUCACAAUACUUUAUAUGCACCAGAAAUGCUAGCCAAAAUGGCGGAGCCUUUCACAAAGGCUCUGGAUAUGCUUGAAGCGGAAAAAUCUGCUAUUUUAGGAUUACCUCAGCCUCUCCUGGAACUGAAUGACUAUCCUGUCUACAAAACAGUCUUGGAAAGAAUGCAGCGUUUCUUCAGCACCCUCUAUGAAAACUGUUUUCAUAUCCUAGGGAAGGCAGGCCCUUCCAUGCAGCAGGACUUCUACACCGUGGAACACCUUGCUACCCAGCUCCUCAGCUCGGCCUUCGUCAACUUGAACAAUAUUCCUGACUACCGACUCAGACCCAUGCUUCGGGUCUUUGUGAAGCCUCUGGUGCUCUUCUGUCCCCCGGAGCACUAUGAAGCCCUGGUGUCUCCCAUCCUUGGACCUCUCUUCACCUACCUCCACAUGAGGCUUUCCCAAAAAUGGCAAGUCAUCAACCAGAGGAGCCUGCUUUGUGGAGAAGAUGAGACUGCAGAUGAAAAUCCCGAGUCUCAAGAGAUGCUGGAGGAACAACUGGUGAGGAUGUUAACCCGAGAAGUCAUGGACCUAAUCACGGUGUGCUGUGUUUCAAAGAAAGGUGCUGACCACGGUACUGCUCCCCCUGCAGAUGGAGAUGAUGAAGAGAUGAUGGCCACAGAGGUGGCCCCCUCAGCCAUGGCGGAGCUUACGGACCUGGGCAAAUGUCUGAUGAAGCAUGAGGAUGUUUGUACAGCGCUAUUAAUUACUGCCUUCAAUUCCCUGGCCUGGAAGGAUACUCUGUCCUGCCAGAGGACAACCACACAGCUCUGCUGGCCUCUCCUCAAACAAGUGCUAUCAGGGACGCUGCUGGCAGACGCCGUUACGUGGCUUUUCACCAGUGUGCUAAAGGGCUUACAGACACACGGGCAGCACGACGGCUGCAUGGCUUCCCUGGUCCACCUGGCCUUCCAGAUAUAUGAGGCGCUGCGCCCUAGGUACCUGGAGAUAAGAGCUGUGAUGGAACAGAUUCCUGAAAUACAGAAGGACUCUCUGGACCAGUUUGACUGCAAGCUUUUGAACCCCUCUCUGCAGAAGGUGGCUGACAAGCGUCGGAAGGACCAGUUCAAACGCCUCAUUGCGGGUUGCAUCGGGAAACCCUUGGGAGAGCAGUUCCGAAAGGAAGUUCACAUUAAGAAUCUUCCCUCGCUUUUCAAAAAAACAAAGCCAAUGCUGGAGACAGAGGUGCUGGACAACGAGGAGGGCAGCCUGGCCACCAUCUUUGAACCCUGAAUCAAGCUUUUGGGCAUCCUUCCUCGGCCUUUAUUGUCAUCUCUUCCCCUUCGUAGCUAAUGUCCAGGCCCCUCUCCACUGCCACCUCACUUUCCACCAUUGUCAGCCUGGAGAAAGCUCCAGGUCUGGAGCUGGAGAGAGUGGGCCCUGUGCAGGGCCGGAAGUCAUUAUACUAAAGUAUCAAGUAUCAAGAAAGGGAGUCAGGGCUUACACCAUUCUGUCUGCAUCUCCCAGGUAGCUCCCAUUCUACUUGGAGUUUUGGCUUUUCCAAGAGAGAAAAGCUAGAGCAGAGUGGCUCCUG